AUGGUCUUUGCAUUCAUGAGCGAUUCAUUUCCCAUAUUUGGGAGCAAGAGAAAAAGUUACUUGGUGCUUGGGUCCUUGGUCUUGAUGUCAUCCCUGGUGAUACUUGGAACCUCAACUGACCAGGGAAUUGUCGCAACGACAUUCCUUUUGGCCAUGUGCUCACUCGGAAUGACGCUUUGUAACGUGGUUAGUGAAGCUCUAUUGGUUGAGUCUGGAGCAUCCAAAUCUGAUUACCAGGUCACAAACUCAGUCUCAAUCUACUACAUUGCUCGGAGACUGGUUUGGGUUUCCAUGGUCUACUUAUCGGCAAUCCUGAUGAUGAGCAUGUCAAAGAGGAGGGUAUUCUUGCUAUCGGCAGUUAUACCAAGUGUAGUCUUGGUUGUCGCGCUCUUUGUUCGCGAACGUCAGGUCCGUAGACCUCCAACUGUUGGUCACCAAGUCUCAAACUUUGUCACCUUUACGCAAAUCCCAGAGAUCAGAAAGCCCGCAUUCUUUCUAUUCCUCAUUUCAGUCGCUCCAACUAGCGGAAUUGCAAUGUUUUAUUUCAUGACUGAGGGCCUAAAAUUUGAACCGGAGCUGUUUGGAAGGCUGGCGGUAAUUCAAACGGUGGCAAGCAUAGUUGGCAUUUACUGCAGUUCAAGAUGGUUAAAGCGAGCUGAUCCGAGACUAUUCUUCAUGUUCUCAACUCUUCUGAUUGCCACAUUCUCCUUCUUCAGCCUGGUAGUUGUUAAGCGGUGGAACGUGAAGUUGGGCCUUCCAGACGCCAUCUUUGUGAUUACGGACAACAUCAUCGUGGAACUGGUGACGGAGAUUUAUGCGCUUCCGAUAUACGCGAUGGUUACACGGAUAUGCCCCGAGGGGAUCGAGUCGAGUGUCUACUCUAUGCUGUGGAGCGUACAAGUGAUUGGUGGAAAUGUGAACGUCUACCUCUCAUGUCUGACAAUGUACAUGUUCGGGCUCGACGGCAAGCACUUUGAGCGCCUGGCCUCCUUUCUCGUAAUGUGUACAAUUCUGCAUUUACUGCCGAUCCUGUUCGUAUGGAUGAUCCCAGGAAGGACGAGCGGAGCUGAGCUCGAUGUGUAA